AAGAAAUUCCUAGUAUUUUGAAUUCGAACAAUAUAUUUGCUUCGUUAGAAAUUUCCGCUUCAUUGCAUUUUGUUGUCGCUGCUUCACGUUAACUCUCAACGUUCGAAAUUUCAACAUUUUCAACACGAGUCUUAUUUCACAAUGAUAUUUAUUGGACAAACUGGUUCAUCUUCUGUUGCUGCUGCUGACGAUAUUUUAACACUAGCUUAAAUAAACGAAUUGAGUUGGUGUUUUAUAAGAACGUCGUUCCAAGAUUCAAUGAGUGACAAUCGAGAAAAGUUGAAAUAUGAAGUCCGGCGACGUAUUGUGCCCUGCCUGGUGGAAACAGAAAAGUGGCUACUUUUCCAAGAUUUUGGAAGAUAUUACGAAAUCAGAAAUGUCUGUGGAGAUUCUAACAUUUGGUGAAAAUAAAAUGAUCAAAAUGAAACUGGAAAGAAAGGUGUCAUGAAAUUCAAUGACGAUAAAAUACAAGCCUGUCCGAAAAAAAGGGGAAAAAAUCAUAAAAAUAUGAACGGGCGGAAAGCGACACAAUUCUUAUUUGCUCCUGAAAGUCCUGCUUCUAAUCCAUUUCCAUUAAAUCCUGCGUUUUUGAAGGAAGUUGAUAAUGGUAGUAAUAUGUCUUCUUCUACUAAAUCUUUUAUUUCCAAUUGUAUUCUCAUCGUUUCAAUCAUGAAAGAAAUAGCUGAAGGAUUACUUGUUUCGGUGGACAUAGUUGAGAAAUUUUUGAAAAAUCCAAAUGACAAAUCAGCGAAAGACAUUUCAACCUUGUUUGCCAAAAUUUCAGACGAGAAUGUCGAUGUGAAUACCGAAAUUAGAAACUCGUCCAACAGUAAAUCUUCACAAAUCAAAAAAUUUGAAAAAGACGAUGACGUUACUGCUUUGCUUACAAGCGGCAGUGAAGCUAAUGAAACGCUCGAAGCACGUUUAGAUCGUCUUAAUUCUGAAAACAAUCGUUUGAAUCAUAAAAUUUCAGAGUUAGAAGAACGACAUAACGCUAUUAUGAUUGAACUUUUUCAAGCAACCGAAAAAGUUAAAGAGUGUAAGCAUGUUUUCAUUGAUAAUCCUGGUAUUAUAAAUGAUGGGAAACGGCUCGGCUACCCAAAUUUUAAGAAUUGUAAUUAUGCAACUAACUGCAGUAAUGAAGACUUAAAAGACGUGCCUAAAGUUGUAAUUUCGACAAAUGAUAUGAAUGGAUAUUUUGAUGAAAAUCAAGAACUGAACUACAAUAAAAGAAAAUCUGAGGAAAAACGUCCUGUAGAAGUAAAAAACGACAUAAUAAGUGAUAAAAGAAAAAGAAAUGUUGAAAUGAAACCUGAAGGAAACAUUGAAAAUGACACAAUAAAUGAUGAAGGAAUGAGAAACAAUGAAGGUGGUCAAGAAAGAAAUGAUAAUGAAGAAAUGAUGAGAUCUUCAGACAUGUCACCAUUUAAUGAAGAAGAUGUAUUACCUUUCUCAGUUCAACAAGAUGAGAGCAAUAAUUAUGAAAAUAUAUCAUUAAAAAGUGCGCCACCAAUCUCAGUUGCUUCUUCUUUAUUUGUUAAUUACAAAAUGAUGUUGCUCACAAUCCCUGAAAGAUUAUUGUCUUCUGAUGUGACAGCAAUGAAAGAAUGGGCACGUCGACAAUUCUCAAUUGAGCAUGCUCAAGAUGCAACAGAAAUCUUACAUCAACUUGAUCGUCGUUUGAUCAUUAGUGCUUCAAAUUUAAGUGUUCUUCACUCGUUUUUUGAAUCCAUCAUCAGAUUUGACCUCAUCUACAUUAUUGACGGCUAUCUGGCCGGAGAUUACAGUGUUUUCAAAAAACGCUCAGCAAAUGAAAAACCUCGACGAGAAAAUCAUGGAACAAGAUCAAGUUAUAAAUCUUUAUUAAUGUCAACAAAUGAUCGUCUUUCGUUGCAAUAUUCCUCAACUGCAAGCAAACCCAUACCCAAAAGAAACAACGAUGUUAGCUCUCAUAGAUCCAUUCAGCGACCUUCUAAUCCUUUGUCGCCUGUAAACAUCAAUGUUUCCAACCCUGUUGCUAAACAUCCCCAUGAAAAUCAAUCAGAAGAUUUUUUAACUCAGAAACCGAAAUCAUCAAUUACAACAAACACAAUCGUGCAUGCAGUUCAUGCAAUGAAUACGUCAUUCAACAAUGCAAGCAAUCCUUUGCGAUCUUCUGGUCUCCCAAAAAGUAUUCCAUUUUCAGGCAGUAAUGGUAAGAAACAUUCAAAGCUCCAUAAUAAUUCCCAGAAUUCUGAAGUGGUGUUAACGUCUCGGGAAGGUAACUGGUUAUGUAGUCACUAUAAAAGACAUUGCUUUGUUAAAUUUGAUUGUUGUGAGCAGUUUUAUCCCUGUCAUCGUUGUCAUAACAAUCAAAGUGCGUGUGGCAACAAGAAGCUUAAAUCACGUGAUGUAAAAAAAGUCAAAUGUGCUUAUUGUAGCAACGUACAAGAGUUUGGUGAAAAGUGCACGAAUUGUGGUGUUAAAUUUGCCGAAUAUUUCUGCGCUUUAUGUAAACACCUUACUGGCAAAGACGACCAUCCUUAUCAUUGCGAGAAAUGUGGAAUUUGCAGAGUUCACGGAGAUCGUUCUUUUCAUUGCGAUGUUUGUGGUGUGUGUCUUGAUGUACAACUGCGUGGUAAUCAUAAAUGAGAAAACUCUGCACAUGAUGAAUGUUGCAUAUGUUUAGAGGAUGCUUUCACAGGUUGUCAAAUAUUACCAUGUUCUCAUAAAGUUCAUAAAGAAUGCGCCAAUGAAAUGAUUCGAAGAGGAAUAACACGCUGUCCCAUUUGUCGUGAAAGUUUUGCUCAUAAACUUGAAAAGAAAACUCCAUCGAAGAGACGUCAUGGUGGAAGACAUAAAUGACAAGCAGCCAUUAGAUAGAUUUACAUUUUGUCCUUAGAUCUGUAUUUCUAUAUUGGCUGCUUUUAUUUUUUCUACGAAUGAAUGAGAAUCACAUCAGGUACACGUGCCAAAAUUUGUAUAAAAUUCAAUUUUAUCUUAAUCUUUUAUGUAACUUGUAAAAGCUCCACUUUUUCAAAUUAGUGAAAUAAUUAGUCAAUGCACCAUUUAUUUCAUUUCUUCAUAUUAUAUAAUAAAUGAUAUAGUACAAUCAUGUUGGUAAAUUUACCAACAUGUAUAGAUAUAGUCAUGUAGGCAUCUUUAGUUAUGGGGUAUAUAUGAAUAAGCACAAAAGACUGGGGCUUAGAGAAGCAAUGAUAUAACUAUAAAUAUCCAAAAAGAAUUUUGAUCCAGUAAUUAUUUCAUUUUUGCUCUAUGUAUGGUAGAAAACGUUAUUUUUAAUUAAUUCUUCUCUUAAGUGUGUUUAGACAAGUAAUAAAUAAAAUAAUGUCGUGAUGUUUUGUUA